AAAGCGCCCAGUUUUGUUUUGUACUCCACACUGUGCCUAACUUACUAGUUUAAUACACAUGGAACAAGCCAACCUAAAGAAUCAGUUGAAACUGGAUGCAUCGCCUGUGAAUCCAGACUUCCCUGUGUCCAGCACAACAGACGGAAAUUACGGUCCUUUAGCUCCAGGAAUUUGUAUGGCCUCCAUUGGGGCAAACACGGUCUGGUGGCGAGGGACUUUACCUUCUAAGGCAAGAAUACAGAAAAUCGACAUCGUGUUUGGAAAGCCUGAUCUUGCUGACGGCUUUGCCUUGUGGAUAUCAAACGAUACAGGUAUACCGUCUGGUGACAAAUGUUACGAGGAUGUGGACGUCGGCUUCCCGAACCUUACUCAAAACAUCACCUCGUGUAACAGAACCGGUCUGAGAGUGAUGAUAGUCAUCACAAGGACACCACCACAAAUUGAGCGUAUGGGCGUGUGUGAGGUGGAUAUUUACGGUUGUUUUACACAUAAAUAUGGUGACCAGUGUCAAUUCAAUUGUACCAACUGUAAACACGGAUGUGACCCUGACAAUGGAGUUUGUGAUUCAACACACUGUAAUGCUGGCUGGACUGGAACACGGUUUUGUAACCAAACUUGUUCAUCACUUACAUUUGGAGAGAACUGUCUUCAGGAAUGCCAUUGUAAGACGCCCGGAUGUAACGGAGAGACCGGACACUGUAACACAGCAGGAUGCCAGGCCGGUUACCAUGGGAGUAGUUGUAGUCAAGGGUGUGAUAGUUACAUAGAGUUACGGUUCUUGUCUACCUCACAUUUGUUCGAGAACUGCUCAUCCACAUGUAACUGUGAUACUCCUGGUUGUGACUUAGUAACAGGUCAUUGUAACGUACCCGGGUGUGUUGCCGGCUGGAAGGGGGAGUCAUGUAAUAUAACUUGUUUCGACGGAGUGUUCGGUAAGGGAUGUAACACUCUAUGUCACUGCGCUGUACCAGGAUGUGAUAAGGCAGAUGGUACUUGUACAAACAUAAAUGCAGGAUGUUUGGAUGGCUGGAAUGGUUCUUCCUGUAGCCAAGCAUGCGUUUCUCCCUAUUUUGGAAACAAGUGCACAUCACAAUGUCGAUGCAAAACAUUUGGUUGUAACCACGCCAAUGGGACAUGUACAAUACCUGGAUGUAUAUCUGGGUGGAAGGGAACGUCAUGCUCAACACAAUGCCCCACAAACAUGUUUGGAAAAGACUGUCUCCUCACGUGUCAUUGUAUGACACCCGGAUGUAGCCGCUUCAAUGGAACCUGUAUGUCAUCAGAUGGUUGUAGUGAUGGAUACAUCGGUAGCUCGUGCAGUACAAAAUGCAAAUCAGGACAUUUUGGUGCUAACUGUACGAAACAAUGUCGUUGUAAGGAUGCUGCAUGUAGUCAUGUGACAGGAAACUGCUCUUCAUCCGGAUGUCUGCCAGGCUGGAGGGGUGACACGUGUAGUAUGCAAUGCUCCGAAAACAAAUUUGGAGAAGACUGUCUCCUCACAUGUCAUUGUAACACACCCGGAUGUAGCCACUUCAAUGGAACAUGUUUGUCAUCAGAUGGUUGUAGUGAUGGAUACAUUGGUAGCUCGUGCAGUACAAAAUGCAAAUCAGGACAUUUUGGUGCUAACUGUACGAAACAAUGUCGCUGUAAGGAUGCUGCAUGUAGUCAUGUGACAGGAAACUGCUCUGCAUCCGGAUGUCUGCCAGGCUGGAGGGGUGACACGUGUAGCGAACAAUGCCAAGCUAGAUACCACGGUGCACAUUGUGAUAAAAUUUGUCCACACGACUGCAAUGACAACUUCUGUAUUCAGAUCAAUGGAUACUGUGCCGGUCUUACAGACACAGACAACAUUAAUACUGCUGCAGUCGGGAUAGGUGUUGGAUGUGGAAUGCUCAUUCUAGUUCUGGUCAUCUUAGUUAUUGUACAGACCAGGCGUCUCGCGAUGAAGCACAGAGACAACAAGGGACCUAUUCAGAUGUCCGACAUCUUACAACACGCCAAAAGACACGAGUUAAAGGCAGAUAUAGAUGGUCUUUAUGAAGUUGUAGACACUAAAAAUGGGAGGCAAAUUUCCAAAAGUGCCACAGCUGACGAAAAUUAUGAAAAACUUGAUUCCCUGACUAGGACCGUCCCUAACGUGUACGAUACCGUAGGGAUAGCUGUGGAUGCGGGAUCCUAAAUGCAGCGAGGAUCGAUUAUUUCUGUUACAGUAUUACUUGCUCAUUACUAACUGUUGUGUGUGUUUUUAGCUUAAGUGCGGGAUAACAUAUUGAACUGCUGAACCUUUUGCUAUGUCAUGUUCCUAUGACGAGUAUCUUACCAACUGAUUUGUUUUACUUCGUCAUCCAUUGUGAUUAUUUUGUCUAAAACAUACUUGAAAUAUGUUUCUUCGGAAUAUUUUCAUGUCCUGCAUACUGUUUAACCUGUAUUCAAAUAUUACGUUCGGAAAAUCAAUAUUGGUUUCCUCAACUAGAUUGUCUCCCUUGGUACAGGUUCACUUUAGAUGGAAAUAGCUGUACUGGUCUACAAUUAAAAGGAUAAAUGGCGGUGUAUGAAUAAAUAUUUUAGAACUGUAAACAAAUGAACUAGUUAUCGCAUCCACGAGAUAACAUUUACAUGUACCAUGUCAGGGAGAGGGCUUGUAUAGGUUUUGCCUGUUGCCCAAUUCCUUUUUUAAUCGGAUUGAUUUAAUAAAACCUGUUGAAAUGAAAAACAUUUGUAAUAUGUAUAGCUUUUUCGAAUAAGACACUUAAUGGUGAAUUAUACAUAUUUUGAAACAAACAUUUUGUGAUUAUAAAUCGGAAAUGAUAUCUUAAGCAAUAAAUUAU